UUAAAUUCAAAGCUUUUGACUCAGAUACUUAGAAAGUUGGCUAUCCAGAAGAAAUCCUAGGUGACUACCAAUGUGGUUUCAGACCAAAUAGAUCCUCAACCGAUCACAUUUUCAUCCUAAGAUGUAUUUGCUAGAAAAAUGCUAUGAAUACAGACAAGUACAGUAUACCGUGUAUACCAGCACACCAACUCUAUGUAGACCAUGGCUUAAGAUAGCAUCCAAAGAAAAUAUCUAUAUCAAACACUACAGGAUGUUUUGGAGAACUGGGCAAACUGACAAGACUUAUACAUGUAACAUUAAACAACUCAAAAAGUCAAGUCAUAAUACAAGGGAGAACAUUCACAGCAAUUUAGGAUUAAACGAGGACUAAGACAAGGGGACUCACUUUCAUGCUUUCAAUCUGACUCUAGAAAAAAAGUAAUAAGGCGUAUACACAUAAACACAAGGGGAACAAUUACUAACUACUAACAGAAGAGAAAACACAGGUCCGCGACCAACAGGAACGCGACAACAGCCAACCUUUACAAUACUUUGCAUAUGCAGAUGACAUUACCUUAUUAGGUAACGACACCUCUGUCAUUGCUAGAGUCUUCACACAACUGGAAGAAGCAUCUCGACCAGCAGGACUUGAAAUAAAAUGACAACAAAGCCAAGUAUGUUCUAACGACAAGAGAAAAUCAGACAGAAGAACAAAAUAUUCAAAUUACUAACCACACGUUUGAAAACGUAGAAAGGUUUAAAUAUUUAGGCGGUAUGAUAAAAAAGAAAGAAUGGCAUAAUCAGAAGCAAGGAACGACUAGCGGCAGACAAUACAACAUAAACUUAAAAGCAAAUUUAUAGCUAAGAAAACAAAAGAAAUUAUUCACAAACCAAUCAUAAGGCCAGUAGCUAUGUAUGCAAGUGUAACCUGAACGCUGACAAAACAACAGAAAAUCUGCUAAAUACUUGGGAAGGGAAAAAUCCUCAGAAAAAUGUAUGGUGUCAUACAUUAGGAAACCGGAUGGAGGACUAGCACCAACCUAGAAAUAUACCAGCUCUGUGAAGAGCUCUCCAUAGUGACGGAAACAAAAAGAAACAGAUUACGUUGGGCAGGUCACCUUGAAAAAAAAAUGUCAGAGAACAGAUUGUUCACCGGCACAAACCAAAAGGCAGGUGCCCCGAAGGCAUGAGUACGGUGGCUUGAUGAUGCCGAGAAAGAUCUACACCAGCUAUAAGACCGGGCAUAGAUACGUAAAGCCAUGGAUAGAUCAGAAUGUCAAGCUGUACUAGAGCAGGCCAGGGCCCUCCAUGGGCUGUAGUGAUGGGAUGGACGGGUGUAAAAUUUGGGAAUAAAAAAAACAACUUUUUCUAUUAAAAUUUAGUAACAAGUAAUAAUUAUAAAACAACAACAACAACACGCAAAUAGGUAAUACCUACACAGGUCUAUAUAUUGUUAUGACUUUGCCAUGCGCACCGCCAUCCAAGAUAGUGCAGAAAGAAGGUGCGCACUAUCAGUGACCAGACAAGUCGGAUGUUGACAUAAGAGAGAACGAUUUCCGCCCAAGUAGAGAGCCAAUAUGGAGAUGCUGUGCUCAAGGCAGAUGUCCUUUGUGUUUGUCAUGCCUCUAUGUAAAUAAACGUCUAUGUCCUCGCUGAGUUGCCUCACUUAAGUUAUUACAAUUGGUCUCAGAAGUGGGAUUAUAGGCAACUCAACGAGAGGAGGUAGGAUUUACAAUGGCAGCUUUGAAACAAUUAGACCAACUCUUGGUUAGAGAGCUUAGGAAGGAACUUCGUAACCGAUAUGAGAUAAUUGGUGGUACCAAGGAGGUGCUUACCGCUCGUCUCCGGCAAGCCUUGAUUGAUGAAGACGAAGAUCCGGAGACCUACCUAUUUGAAAUUCAACCGGAGAUUUAUGAGCUUAUUGGCAAGAUAAAUGAAGGUAUUGAUGCAAUGUGUGAACAAAUUAACAGUAUGGGGAAAAAGGUAGAUAAAAUGGUGUCUCGAGUAGACUCGUUGGUAAAGGAGCAGUUGCCUGUAGACUCGUUGGUAAAGAAGUUGCGUGGUCAAGACUGUGGCUGCACAAACAGUGGUGACGGAGACGCUGGGAAUUGGAGCGCCGUCUGUGUCUGUGUUGUGGGCAAGUCUAGUGGUUGUGACUUUCAAGACGAGAAACGUGACAACGAUUGCUGUGAUGAUCUCAACGAGAUGUACCGAAUCGAACGGAAAGUGACAAAUGAAGAAACUGAAGACUGUUACGUGCCUGAAGCGUUUGUUCCUGUUGUACCUGUUACCAGUACCUCAAUGAGCCGGACGGAGCAAGACAACGUUGGGUCUGCGUUCAAGCCUGUUGCUAUGGACCUUAAAGACCUCUGCCUAUCUGUCGGUGCUCACGAGGGAAAUUCGAAGCUUGACAACUGCAUCCAGAAGUUUAGCAUGAACUGUACGUGCGGCGCUUCACACAUAGAAUUUAGAUGCCAAGAAAACCACCAACAUGGCAUAUGUACUUCUACCAUCAUCAUCGACAUUGGCAUAGAUGAAUGUCAAUCAAACCACUCUAAAUCUGAGCUGUCAAGAGGAAGACAUUUUCCACUUGAAACUGAAGAGACCUGGAUUCUGGACGUGAGACUGUUGUCUGAGGAUGACUGCGGUGCAUUGGACUUUGCUUGCAACGUGGCUGCAAGCGAACCUGCAGCUCUCUUGAGAGGCGUCUGUCGGGAAGGUCUGCUGAGACAGCGUGUCCGAUCAACGGCUGUGCUGAAAAAAACAGUGCUCGACCCUAUCUCUUUGUGUGGCAAACGGCCAAGUCAUUAUCGCAACAACAGCCUGGUCAACUGGAGAAAGAGAAAGCGGCACUGGAGGAAAACAAUGCGGAUGGCCUCGUGGGGAACACGCUCCCUGCCGCCUGUGGCUCCCACUGAUCGACCUCCACCUGAACUGUCAAACCUCGGCUGCAGUGUUUCUUUUCGGGACGAAAAGUGCUAAGACGGGGGCAAUGUUAUGACUUUGCCAUGCGCACCGCCAUCCAAGAUAGUGCAGAAAGAAGGUGCGCACUAUCAGUGACCAGACAAAUCGGAUGUUGACAUAAGAGAGAACGAUUUCCGCCCAAGUAGAGAGCCAAUAUGGAGAUGCUGUGCUCAAGGCAGAUGUCCUUUGUGUUUGUCAUGCCUCUAUAUAAAUAAACGUCUAUGUCCUCGUUGAGUUGCCUCACUUAAGUUAUUACAAUAUAUUUCCAUAACAUUAUUUUGACAAAUGACAAUCAACUGUAUUUGUAGGGCUACACACCUAUUAACAAAAACAUUUUCAUUUUUCUUAAUAAAACCUA